AUGGCCUUUUCAUCUUCUUACUACCCGAGAGACACUGCCAAACGGUUGGAGUACGAGGGCGUCGAUCAUCUUCGCUUGGUGUUAGACGUCAAGUACAAACCGGAAGGUCUUCUUCUCGACCAGCUCCGAGACGGCAGCGCCAGCUUUACUUUCGACGCCGUCGACGUAGACGAAGCUGGCGUCGCUCGACGCUAUGAGCUCACGUUGCGACGGCAAUUUAACGCUGACGGCACCGAGUCCUACUACUAUAUGGGCUUCGAUGACGACAAGUUGACUAAAGUCACGCGGCAGAUGUAUCGCAGAAUCCUUCGAGGGAUCGACUUUGGCGACGUUUAA